AUGCCUGCUGCCCUUCUCAGACCCAGAGUGCCCCUGGCCCAGACCAACCUGAUCAGCACGCUGCUGUUGUCUCUCUGUCUCCACACCGGCUCCGUCACUGGAGGCAUAAUGAAGGCUGAUGAGAUCCAGAAUGGUGGCGUGGACACCAUCAGCCACUCCCUUGCCCUGGUGCAGCGUCUGGAGGCCCUGCUGGCUCAGGGGAACGGCAGCGAUGUGGCCCUCAGGGUGCAGACAGUGGGAGCAGAGCAAGUAAAGGUGAUCCAGGCCCACUCCCUGAUGCUGUCCCUGCAGAGCCCUGUGUUCGAGGAACUGCUGCUCAGCCAUAAUGGCACCACCCUGGUCCUCCUGGAGACCGCUGAGUGUGCUGCCGUCUUUGACAAGUUCAUCAGGUACCUGUAUUGUGGAGAGAUCUCCCUGUGUCUGGAGCAGGCCACCUCUCUACACAAGCUGGCCACUAAGUACCGCGUCCAGGGCCUUCAGCAGGGGGUCACCCAGUACAUGACCCAGAACCUGGCCAGCAACUCCCCUUCUGGACACGUGGUGGAAUGGUACCAGUACGCCCUGCAGACAGGAGACGUGGCCCUGCGGGACAGCUGUCUGCAGUACCUGUCCUGGAACCUGUCCUCUGUGCUGCAGAGUGGGGAGUGGACGCAUGUCAGCAACGACCUGCUCAUGACCCUGCUGCAGCGCUCAGACCUCAUCCUGCAGAGUGAAAUGGAGCUCUUUGCGGCACUGGAGGCCUGGAUCAACCAGAACGAACCGGAUGCUCUAACGGCCGAGAACGCUCUGAGAGCCAUCCGUUAUGCCAUGAUGCCCCCUCUGGAGCUCUUCCGCCUGCAGACCCAGUCUCCUGUUCUGGCCCGCUACCAGGAGUCGGUCCGGGACCUCCUCUACCAGUCCUACCAGUUCCACUCCGCCUCCCCCCUCCACAUGGCCAAGUACUUUGACGUGAACUGCAGUCUAUUCAUGCCCAGGAACUACCUCUCCCCUGCCUGGGGGAGUCCUUGGGUCAUCAACAACCCCAUGAGGGACGACCGCAGCACCAGCUUCCAGACGCAGCUGGGCCCCAGCGGCCAUGAUGCCAACAAGAGGGUGACCUGGAACUCCCUGUUCUCGCCCCGUUGGUUGCCCCUCAGCAUGAGGCCAAUGUACUCCGAACAGGGUUCCACACAGCCGACACGCGUUGACGGAGGCCGCCUGCGCAUCAUUAUUACUCCCGCUACGUCGAGUGCAGACUUUGCCGGGGUGAGCUUCCAGAAGACGGUGGUGGUGAUGGCGAGGAAGCAGGGAAAGAUGGUGGUGAGACAUGUUUAUAAUUUCCACCAGAGCACCGAGGAGACUGGAGACUUCCUGGUGGAAGCCGAUCUGCACCGUAAGACGUCUGAGUACCUAGUUGAUGGUUCCCUCCAUCUACACAUUGUGGUCAAGCCGCUCUACCAGACCCUCAUCGCUACCAAGAAAUGA